UUGCCAGCAGCCUGCACUCUCAGAAGUCAGAUCCAGUGACUGGAGCCCUGGAGAUCAGAGGCUUACCAUGCUGCUCCCCAGGAGGGCCAGGAACUGCUGACAUUACCACGGGUUGGUGACUCGUGUUCCUCACCAAAAAGAAUGGACAAGCUUAAUAAGAUAACUGUGCCCGCCAGUCAGAAGUUGAGGCAACUUCAAAAGAUGGUCCAUGAUAUUAAGAACAAUGAAGGAGGAAUAAUGAACAAAAUCAAAAAGCUGAAAGUCAAAGCACCUCCAAGUGUUCCUCGAAGGGACUAUGCUUUAGAGAGUCCUGCUGAGGAAGAGGAGCAGUGGUCAGAUGACUUUGACAGCGACUAUGAAAAUCCAGAUGAACACUCAGACUCAGAGAUGUACGUGAUGCCUGCAGAGGAGAAUGGGGAUGAUAGCUAUGAGCCACCUCCAGUGGAGCAAGAAACGAGGACCAUCCAUCCUGCCCUGCCCUUCACCAGGGGCGAGUAUGUAGACAAUCGGUCGAGCCAGAGGCAGUCUCCACCCUUCAGCAAGACACUGCCCAGUAAGCCCAGCUGGCCUUCAGCAAAAGCAAGACUGGUCUCCACUCUGCCGGCCCCAACCUCUCUGCAGAAGCCUCAGAUCCCACCCAAACCUAGAGACCUCCUUGAGGAUGAGGCUGAUUAUGUGGUCCCUGUGGAAGACAAUGAUGAAAACUAUAUUCAUCCAACAGAAGGCAGAUCACCUCCAUCUGAAAAAGCUCCUAUGGUGAAUAGAUCAACCAAGCCGAAUAGCUCCUCCAAGCUGGCCUCUCUUCCAGCAACAGCUUCAGGUCGAAACAGUGGGUCCUGGGAAUCCAAGUCACCUUCUUCACCAGCUGCACCGUCCCCACUGCCGAGGGUGGGGAAAAAACCAGCUACACCACUGAAGACUACUCCAGUUGCCUCUCAACAGAAUGCAUCAAGUAGCUGUGAAGAAAAGCCUGUACCUGCUGAACGCCACCGAGGGUCUAGUCACAGACAAGAGGCUGUGCAGUCACCAGUGUUUCCUCCUGCCCAGAAACCUGUCCAUCAAAAACCCAUACCUCUGCCAAGAUUUUCGGAAGGGGGAAGCCCAACAGUGGAUGGACCAUCUCCCAGCUUUUCAUCUAAUUCCACUUUUUCAGAACAGGAAGCUGACAUUCACGGUAAACCAUGGUAUGCUGGUGCCUGCGAUCGCAAGUCUGCUGAAGAAGCGUUGCACAGAUCUAACAAGGAUGGAUCAUUUCUUAUUCGGAAAAGUUCUGGCCAUGAUUCCAAACAGCCAUAUACACUAGUUGUAUUCUUUAAUAAGCGAGUAUAUAAUAUUCCUGUGCGAUUUAUUGAAGCCACGAAACAAUAUGCUUUGGGCAGAAAGAAAAAUGGUGAAGAGUACUUUGGAAGUGUUACUGAAAUCAUCAAGAAUCAUCAGCACAGUCCCCUGGUUCUUAUUGACAGUCAGAAUAACACAAAAGAUUCCACCAGACUGAAAUAUGCAGUUAAAGUUUCGUGAAGAAAGAAAAAGAAGGUCAAUAUCUUUGCUUCAGAUAUUUCCCUCAAGUUUCUCCUUUUGAGAAGAAGUACCCAAACUUCAUAUUUUGGAUUAUGAAUCAUGAAUAAUAAAAUAGAAGAUAAAGGCAGUUAUUGAGGUGGUCAUCCACUCCUUUUUAAGAUGCUCACAUGCACUUACUCAGUCUGUUGCCUGACCUGAGGAACUAAUACCUGGGGAGGUUGAGUUACCAUGCUACUAAUAUUCUUCAAACAAAUGUAUUUAAAAGAAACAGGAAUAAAAUAUUUUCAGUCUUAUAAGAAAGGAACGCUGUAUUUUUAGUGUGUAUGUAUGUGGUGGGGGCGUUGCUGGGGACCCAACCCAGGACCUUGCAUAUGCUGAGCAAGUGCUUUACCACUGAGCUACAUCCACCAUCAAGAACACUAUAUUUCAAAACAAGAAAAUUAUACUCUUGGAUAAACAAAGAUGUUGAAAAUUUAGGCCCCACAAUGGUUACUAGGCACAAAUGUAGCUGAAUUGUCUAUUAUCAGUGCUCUGACAAUUAUGCCUUGUUAAAAUUUUAAUGUGUAGGAAACAAAGUAUUAUAGGCAAUGUAUGGCAUUUCUAAGUACAGACAAGGUGGAUGCAUUGGAUUCUUUUUUAUGUGCCCCCAACCAUGGGAGAUGUAUAUGGAAAUGAACUUUCUGGACGUUCUCCAAGAUUAUGCAGCUAGCUUUGCUUAUUAAAAAUAAUUAUACCCUC